UGCUGUCAAAGAGGCAGGGACUCCAGCCUGUACCAUUAUGCUCCUAUAUAGCCUAUUAGCCAUCACCGGAGCGGAGAUGGGCUUCAAUUAGGAGGGAAUACAGUCGAUAUUAAAACGUCGGUUUACACGCCUCAGAAUUGCUUACAGACUCUUUUCGCACGUGCUUGCAGCCUGCCAGCGUGGCCUAAGUAUGGCAGAGCAGGACUCCACCGGGAAGAAGCUUCCUGCAGUGACUGCGCUGCACUCUCACUUCAUCGUGGGUUCUGUGUCUGAGGAAAACUCUGAGGAUGAAACCGCAGGGAAGCUGGACCUGCAGAUGGAGGAGAAUCCGCGCUCCCUUUCCCCCUCUUCGGUCAGUUCAGACAGCACUUAUGAGAUGGGCUUCGACAGCCUGGACGGACCCUUGCACAAUAUGAGGCCUAGCAUGUCAGGACUUCACCUUGUGAAGCAGGGCAGGAACCGCAGACGCAUCGACUUGCAGAGGGACUUUACUGUCGCUUCCCCCGCUGAAUUCGUCACCCGAUUUGGUGGCAACAAAGUCAUUGAGAAGGUUCUCAUUGCUAACAAUGGCAUCGCUGCAGUUAAGUGCAUGCGCUCCAUCCGUCGCUGGGCUUAUGAAAUGUUUCGGAAUGAACGGGCCAUACGUUUUGUAGUCAUGGUUACCCCGGAGGACCUCAAAGCCAAUGCAGAGUAUAUCAAGAUGGCAGAUCACUAUGUACCUGUCCCAGGAGGGACAAACAACAACAACUAUGCUAAUGUAGAACUCAUUUUGGACAUAGCUAAGCGAAUUCCCGUUCAGGCUGUAUGGGCCGGUUGGGGUCAUGCCUCUGAGAAUCCCAAACUCCCUGAAUUGCUGCACAAGAACGGCAUAGCCUUCAUGGGUCCACCUAGUCAGGCUAUGUGGGCUCUUGGGGAUAAGAUCGCCUCUUCUAUUGUGGCCCAGACAGCUGGCAUCCCCACACUACCCUGGAGUGGAACAGGGCUGACUGUAGAGUGGACAGAGAAUGACCAGAAGAAAGGAAUUGUUAAUGUCCCUACUGAGCUGUACGAGCAGGGCUGUGUACAUGAUGUGGAGGCUGGACUGAAGGCGGCUGAACAAAUAGGUUACCCUGUGAUGGUGAAGGCGUCUGAAGGCGGAGGAGGAAAAGGUAUCCGGAAAGUCAACGGUGCAGAAGACUUGCCCAACCUCUUUAGACAGGUUCAAGCUGAGGUUCCAGGUUCCCCGAUCUUUGUCAUGCAAUUGGCCAAACAUGCUCGCCACCUGGAGGUGCAGAUUUUGGCUGAUCAGUACGGUAACGCCAUUUCCCUGUUCGGCCGCGACUGCUCCGUCCAGCGCAGACACCAGAAAAUCAUUGAAGAGGCUCCGGCUACUAUUGCCACCUCUGAUGUGUUUGAGGAUAUGGAGAAGUGCGCAGUGAGGUUGGCAAAGAUGGUGGGCUAUGUGAGUGCAGGUACAGUGGAAUAUCUCUACAGUCAAGACAGCAGCUUUUACUUCCUAGAGCUCAACCCUCGUCUUCAAGUGGAACAUCCUUGUACGGAGAUGGUGGCUGAUGUUAACCUGCCUGUGGCCCAACUGCAGAUCGCUAUGGGCAUCCCACUUCACCGCAUUAAAGACAUCAGGGUGAUGUACGGGAUGCAGCCAUGGGGAGAUUCCCCCAUUGACUUUGAUGGACUCUCCACCACCCCCUCUCCGCGAGGACAUGUAAUUGCAGCUCGAAUUACUAGCGAGAACCCAGAUGAGGGCUUUAAGCCCAGCUCAGGAACUGUCCAGGAGUUAAAUUUCCGCAGUAACAAGAAUGUGUGGGGCUACUUCAGCGUGGCGGCUGCUGGAGGGCUGCAUGAGUUUGCAGACUCUCAGUUUGGCCAUUGCUUCUCCUGGGGAGAGAACCGUGAGGAGGCCAUCUCAAACAUGGUGGUGGCCCUCAAGGAGCUGUCCAUCAGAGGAGACUUCAGGACUACAGUGGAGUAUCUUAUAAAGCUGCUAGAAACAGAAAGUUUCCAGCACAAUAGCAUCGACACAGGUUGGCUGGACAGACUCAUCUCAGAGAAGAUGCAGGCCGAGCGUCCUGACACUAUGCUGGGUGUAGUGAGUGGAGCUCUGCAUGUGGCUGAUGUCAACCUCAGAAACAGUGUGUCCAAUUUCCUGCAUUCACUGGAGAGAGGGCAGGUUUUACCUGCACACACGCUGUUAAACACAGUAGAUGUUGAGCUAAUCUAUGAGGGGACCAAAUAUGUUCUCAAGGUGACCAGACAGUGUCCUAACUCUUACGUGGUCAUCAUGAAUAACUCUGCGGAGGUGGAUGUUCAUCGGUUGAGCGACGGGGGUCUGCUGCUCUCGUAUGAUGGCAGCAGCUACACUACCUACAUGAAGGAGGAAGUGGACAGGUAUCGCAUCAUUAUUGGUAACAAGACAUGCGUGUUUGAAAAAGAGAAUGAUCCUUCACUCCUGCGCUCACCAUCUGCUGGGAAACUCAUCCAGUAUACUGUGGAGGAUGGUGGACACCUGUUUGCUGGACAGUGUUAUGCAGAAAUCGAGGUGAUGAAGAUGGUGAUGACCCUGACGGCCUCUGAGUCUGGUUGUAUUCACUAUGUGAAGAGAGCAGGUGCAGUGCUGGAGCCGGGCUGUAUCAUCGCCAAACUGCAGCUGGACGAUCCCAGCAGAGUACAGCAGGCGGAGCUGUUUACAGGAACAUUACCCAGUGUUCAGUCCGUGGCUCUCAGGGGAGAGAAGCUUCACAGAGUCUUCCACAGCACUCUGGAUCACCUAGUGCACAUAAUGAAUGGCUACUGUCUGCCAGAGCCCUUCUUUAGUGCCAAGCUGAAAGAAUGGGUGGAGCGUCUGAUGAAGACUCUGAGGGACCCCUCUCUGCCCCUGCUGGAGCUUCAGGAUAUCAUGACGAGCGUUUCAGGCCGUAUCCCUCCUGCCGUAGAGAAGUCUAUCAAGAAAGAAAUGGCUCAGUACGCCAGCAACAUCACCUCUGUCCUCUGCCAGUUUCCCAGUCAGCAGGUUGCCAAUAUACUGGACAGUCAUGCUGCCACACUGAACAGGAAGUCAGAAAGAGAAGUCUUCUUCAUGAACACGCAGAGCAUUGUACAGCUGGUUCAGAAGUACCGCAGUGGCAUCAGAGGGCAUAUGAAGGCAGUGGUGAUGGACCUCCUCAGGCAGUAUUUAAGAGUGGAAGUUCAGUUUCAACAUGGUCACUAUGACAAGUGUGUAUUUGCACUACGAGAGGAAAACAAAGGGGACAUGGCUAAUGUGCUCAACUACAUAUUCUCUCAUGCACAAGUCACAAAGAAGAACUCUCUGGUCACCAUGUUGAUUGAUCAGCUGUGUGGACGAGACCCUACUCUGACAGACGAGCUCAUGGCAAUACUCACAGAACUCACACAGCUCAGCAAGACCACUAAUGCCAAGGUGGCGCUGCGGGCACGGCAGGUUCUCAUUGCCUCGCACCUUCCGUCAUACGAGCUGCGACACAAUCAGGUGGAAUCCAUCUUCCUGUCUGCCAUCGACAUGUACGGGCAUCAGUUCUGCAUUGAAAACCUGCAGAAACUGAUCCUGUCAGAGACAUCCAUCUUUGAUGUGCUGCCAAAUUUCUUUUACCACAGUAAUCAGGUGGUACGGAUGGCUGCUUUAGAGGUGUAUGUUCGUAGAGCUUAUAUCGCUUAUGAACUCAACAGCGUCCAGCACCGUCAGCUGAAGGACAACACGUGCAUCGUGGAGUUCCAGUUCAUGCUGCCCACAUCCCACCCCAACAGAGGGAACAUCCCCACUCUAAACAGGAAACUGUCUGCCCCACUUCAGGACUACAAACUUCCAGAUAUCACAGCUAAUGCUAGUGCUGCCACAGGGGCAGCUAGUGAGUCUGCUGAGAAUGAGGACAGAAUGUCCUUCUCCUCUAACUUGAAUCACUACGGCAUGGUCCAUGUGGCCAGCGUUAGUGAUGUGCUCCUGGACACCUCCUUCACCCCGCCCUGUCAGCGUAUGGGCGCCAUGGUUUCCUUCCGCUCCUUCCAGGAGUUCACCAGGAACAUUAAAGAUGUGUUGAGCUGUUUCUCAGACUCACCCCCCUCUACUCCAACCUUUCCUGAGGGGGGCAACCCUGUGCUGUAUGGAGAGGAGGACAACAAGAGCAUUCAAGAUGAGCCAAUUCAUAUCCUUAAUGUGGCCAUAAAGACAGACAGUGACGUUGAUGAUGAUGGGCUAGCAGCCAUGUUCCACGAGUUUACUCACUCUAAGAAAUCUCUGCUAUUUGAGCACGGCAUCCGAAGACUUACCUUUUUGGUUGCUCAGAAGGAUUUCAGGAAGCAAGUCAACUGUGAGGUGGACCAGAGGUUCCAUAGAGAAUUCCCCAAAUUUUUCACUUUCCGAGCUCGAGGCAAGUUUGAGGAGGACCGUAUCUACAGGCACUUGGAACCUGCCUUGGCUUUCCAGCUGGAGCUCAACCGCAUGCGUAACUUUGCACUGACGGCCAUCCCCUGUGCCAACCAUAAGAUGCACCUGUACUUGGGAGCUGCCCGCGUGGAAGUGGGCACUGAGGUCACAGAUUACCGCUUCUUUGUGCGGGCCAUCAUCCGCCACUCGGACUUGGUCACCAAGGAAGCGUCGUUUGAGUACCUGCACAAUGAGGCAGAACGCUUGCUGCUGGAGGCCAUGGAUGAGCUGGAAGUGGCCUUCAACCACACCACAGUGCGCACCGACUGCAAUCACAUCUUCCUCAAUUUUGUCCCAACCGUCAUCAUGGACCCUUCUAAGAUUGAGGAAUCUGUGCGCUCCAUGGUCAUGCGCUACGGGAGUCGUCUCUGGAAGCUCCGUGUGCUCCAAGCCGAGCUGAAGAUUAACAUCCGACUGACACCCACUGGCAAACAGAUCCCCAUCCGCCUCUUCCUGACCAAUGAGAGUGGCUACUACCUGGACAUCAGCCUGUACAAGGAGGUUACAGACUCCCGUACAGGACAGGUGGGGAACAAAGACAGACAGAUCAUGUUCCAGGCAUAUGGAGAUAAGCAGGGUCCUCUUCAUGGCAUGCUCAUCAACACACCCUAUGUCACUAAAGACCUCCUGCAGUCCAAACGCUUCCAGGCCCAGAGCCUCGGUACCACCUAUGUCUACGACUUCCCAGAGAUGUUCCGUCAGGCUCUGAAGAAGCUAUGGCAGUCCAUGGACGCACACGCCAACUUACCCAAGUGUCCUCUUCCAUCGGAAUUGCUGACCUUCACAGAGCUGGUUCUGGAUUCUCAGGGUCAGCUGGUGCAGAUGAACCGCCUACCUGGAGGAAAUGAGAUUGGCAUGGUAGCAUGGCGGAUGACUCUCCGAACCCCUGAGUACCCGGCUGGCCGUGAGAUUAUUGUGAUCAGCAAUGACAUCACACAUAAGAUUGGCUCCUUUGGGCCGCAGGAGGAUGUGCUGUUCCAGCAGGCUUCAGAGAUGGCGCGGGAAAGCGGCAUCCCACGAAUCUAUAUCGCUGCCAACAGCGGAGCCCGGAUUGGCCUGGCAGAGGAGAUCAGACACAUGUUCCAUGUGGCCUGGCAGGAUCCAGCAGACCCCUACAAGGGCUUUAAGUACCUGUACCUCACACCUCAGGACUAUAAGAAGGUGUCUGCUCUGAACUCAGUCCACUGUGAACAUGUGGAAGACGAGGGUGAAUCCAGGUAUAAGAUCACUGAUAUCAUUGGUAAAGAGGAGGGGUUGGGUGUGGAGAACUUGAGAGGUUCUGGCAUGAUCGCGGGUGAAUCUUCACUGGCGUAUGAGGAUAUCAUCACCAUGAACCUGGUAACAUGCAGAGCCAUUGGAAUCGGAGCAUAUCUAGUGAGACUGGGCCAAAGGACCAUACAGGUGGAGAACUCUCACAUCAUCCUGACUGGAGCUGGAGCUCUCAAUAAGGUUCUGGGUCGCGAGGUGUACACCUCCAAUAACCAGCUGGGUGGAGUACAGAUCAUGCACAAUAAUGGAGUCACACACACCACUGUGUGCGAUGAUUUUGAGGGAGUGUUUACGUUACUGCUCUGGCUGUCUUACAUGCCGAAGAAUAAGUCAAGUCCUGUGCCAAUACUCAGUGCUAAAGAUCCCAUCGAUCGGCCAGUGGAGUUUGUUCCUACAAAGGCACCUUAUGAUCCACGCUGGAUAUUAGCGGGACGUCCCAGUCAGAACACUAAGGGUGCGUGGGUGAGCGGGUUCUUUGACCACGGCUCUUUUCUGGAGAUCAUGCAGCCGUGGGCACAGAGUGUAAUCGUAGGACGGGCCAGGUUGGGUGGGAUCCCGACUGGAGUAGUUGCAGUAGAAACCCGAUCAGUGGAGCUGUCUAUCCCAGCAGACCCAGCGAAUUUGGACUCAGAAGCCAAGAUCAUCCAACAAGCAGGGCAAGUGUGGUUCCCUGACUCUGCUUUUAAGACAGCACAGGCCAUUAAAGACUUCAACAGGGAGGGGCUUCCACUCAUGGUGUUUGCCAACUGGAGAGGCUUCUCUGGAGGGAUGAAAGACAUGUAUGACCAGGUGCUGAAGUUUGGAGCGUAUAUAGUGGACGGGCUGAGAGAAUACAGACAGCCAGUGCUGGUGUACAUCCCUCCACAAGCAGAGCUCAGGGGAGGAUCAUGGGUCGUCAUAGACCCCACCAUCAACCCUCGCCACAUGGAGAUGUAUGCAGAUAAGGACAGCCGUGGUGGCGUGCUGGAGCCUGAAGGCACGGUGGAGAUCAAGUUCCGUAAAAAAGACCUGGUGAAGACCAUGAGACGGGUAGACCCUGUAUACAUGGGGCUUGCAGAAAGACUGGGCACCCCAGAAUUGAGUGUGUCUGAGCGUGAAGAGCUGGAGAGUAAACUGAAAGAGAGAGAAGAGUUCCUGCUGCCAAUAUAUCAUCAAGUAGCCGUGCAGUUUGCCGACCUUCAUGACACACCGGGCCGCAUGCAGGAGAAAGGAGUCAUCACUGAUGUCCUGGAGUGGCAGACAUCUCGACUGUUCUUCUAUUGGCGCUUGCGGCGGUUACUGCUGGAGGACACGGUUCAGAGGAAGAUCCAGUGUGCUAACAGUGAGCUGACAGACGGGCAGGUUCAGGCCAUGCUCCGCCGCUGGUUCGUGGAAGCAGAGGGAGCUGUGAAAGCUUAUCUGUGGGACAGCAAUGAGGAUGUUGUGGAGUGGUUGGAGAGGCAGCUGGCAGAAGAAGAGGGUGCCAGAUCUAUCAUCGAUGAGAAUAUCAAAUAUAUCCGCAGGGAUCACAUCCUCAAACAGAUCCGCAGCCUGGUUCAAGCUAACCCUGAAGUGGCCAUGGACUCUAUUGUUCACAUGACCCAGCACAUUUCCCCCACGCAGCGUGCUGAGGUGGUCCGAAUCCUGUCCACCAUGGAUGCCCCUGCGUCAUCAUAGAGCCCUGUUUACACACAAUCAUCUCAGAGGCAUGAUGUUACUGGAAACUGGAACUAGAGGAGCCAACAUGGCGGUGCCGUGAUGUUAUGUGACAGCAUUGUUGGCUAUGAUUCUGAAAGUAUGCUAUAACAGAGAUACUCAGUGUCAGUACCUAUGAAUGCACAUCAAUGCGCACCUUUAGAAACACUAAAGUAAAACGUUCUAGUGUUGUGUUUAUAGUUUUGCAAUCUAGUCAUGUGCACUUUGAGACUUAGAUUGAACAGAGACCAAUUGUAGAAACUAGCUUCCCAUAGCUGCUGUUAGAGGAUGUUACACUUUUUUAGAAUUUUUUUUUUUUUGUUUGUUUAAAAGGCAGUAGAUUAAUGUAUAAGAGAGAACUUUGCAACUUAAAAAUCAACUUUACACUUUCUCCUACAACAGUCAGGUGAUAACACGAGUCCACACUGAGAGUAAGCGAUGUCACAUCUAGAUCACUCCUGCUUCGGGAGUGAUGUGGCUGUAUUUCGUUGCAUCACUCGCUGUGUAGACGUGGUAUUAUUCUUCACAUGCAUGACGGUCGACUGAGCCGUAUGACCGCAUCAGAUUGUGACUAUGCUUGUUUCAUUCCCUUGUGGCUUAACCAAAAAAUAUAUAUAUAUUUUUUUUAAAUGUGUAUCCACUGGUAUUGUACUUAUGACGUUUAAUUUUUUGAGCAUAGAUGAUAAAAUGCUGAGAAGACAUCAAUAACUUAUUAAACAUGUCUAAGUGAUCUAAGUGCUGCACACUGUAGUUCAGCAUGGUACACUGUAAUGUAAAUGUGUAACUGUAGAACAUGAUUAUUAUUACAACAUACAUAUUCUGGAAUGACAAGAGUGUAGUGCAGAAAUAUACUAAAUGAAAGCAUUGGAGGUGGCAGAGGAUACUUAAGCAAAGUGAAUGGAGUAUUAUGCACAAUCUACACUGGCAGUCGUGAUUCUUUUUUAGAUCCACAAUGUCUCAUUGGCAUCAUGAUGGUUGUCUCCACUACUGGAAAACAAGCUGCCACUCUAAUGCUAGCACUAAUAUUUGAUUCUAUGAAAGGUGAAAAUUGUGACAUGCUGUCACCCAAACAGUUGGUGGACUGUCUCAUGUGUCUAUAAGUGUUGCUAAACAUGUUACUGAAGAGAUCAGAAGCUGUCUCCAUUGUCAAAAUGGAGGAUUUCCUGUUUACUGUGGCAAGCUGUGAUUGCCUCUAAAAAAUAACUGAAUAAACUAAAAUUCUGACGUUAAAUUA